AACAGCUUCGCGCGGCUCUAUGCGCAUUUAUGGGAUAUUUACUCUUAUUAUACUACGCGAUGUUGAUCCGAGAACCAGGCGAUCGCCAGUGCCGAAGUUCCGUGUUUCACCGAAGGGCAUCAGUCGGCAGCACUUUAGUUGGAUAUGCUCGUGCAGCUCCGAUUUCGUGUUUCCCAUUUCAAGAGUAUCACGAGCUGAUCCGCGCCAGCGAAAAAAAGGAGAAUCGAGUGAAAAUAAAAAUAUGUUUACCGUGCAACACACUCGGACAUUUUUCUCACUGAAGAAUGCGACGUUAAUGUUGACACAAAGAACAACGCAGAAUGAUCUCGUUAGAUUGUUUGCGCCAGUUUGUGCGACGCACCUGCCAGAGUUCAGGAACAUUUACACAACAUCUUCUUCCAACACAUCCAUAGCUCAAAAUAUAAGACCAAUGGGAGUAGUACAGAAAACGCUAAAAAAAUUUGGUAUCUUAGACAUCCAAAAAUAUAAAGAUAUGGCACUCGGCACUAAAGUAUACGAAGAUGUAUUAGGACAAAUUGAUUAUCCUUUCUUCUUUAAAUAUUUUAAUAUGCCUGAUACAUUUUGCUCCUGGUUUUUGGUAACAGAACUUCAUGUAUGGAUGAUAAUGGUUCGAUACAUGGCAGAAGGCAAAACUGGUAAAGCAAUUAGAAAUCAUAUAGCAAUGACAUUGUGGAGUGAUCUGAAGGCCAGGGUGGACAAACUUGGUCCCAUGAAUAGCAAAGUUAAACAAAACCAAUUAAAAGAAGUGACGGAACAAUUUCACGCUGCUAUAAUAGGUUAUGAUGAGGGUAUAUUAUCGAAUGACAGAGUAUUAGCAGCGGCGAUUUGGAGGAGAUUUUUCCAUUUAGAAUGCAAUAAUCCGGAACACGUUGAAGUACUUCUUAUUUAUAUUAGAAAACAGAUUUGUUUGUUUGACAAUUUGCCAACUCACGAGAUUUUAAGAAAGCCUGUGUUAAAACUAAUAGAUAUAAAAAGUUUAUGUAAGAAUCGUUAAUUGUGUUCUAAUAAAUGUAAUUAGUUAAACAUAUGUAAAAUACAUAAAUUGUGUAUAUAUUGAAAUAUAUGUAUUUGUAAAUACAAAUAUGUACUGACA